AUCAACAAUAACAAGAGCGACGCAACACUGCCCGACUAUCAAAGUGCGCAACGCAGUGUGAAAUGACGUGGAUUAACUGAUCAUCAAGAGGGUUCCGUGAAUUAAUGCGUCUUCUCUCGAGUCUGAUUGAUGAUCUGCUCAUUCAAUCUGUAUAGGUGUGUGGCGUGGGACAGUGCAAUGGAAUCCUCUGAGACAGAAGGCCGGACCUUUAUUCAGGCAAUUAGUGAAAAGUAUAGCCCAGAGAACUUUCCUUGUCGUCGAGGACCAGGCUUGGGGAUCGUGAUUGUGCCAACUGGACCACAGGGGUCACCUAUGAAAGACCGUCUGAACUUGCCUAGUAUGCUUGUCUUAAAUGGUUGUGGAAUCAGUCAUGCAGGAGAUGAGGGAGAAAUCGCUGCCUUCUGUGCCCAUGUAGUUGAACUUGAUCUGUCCCACAAUAAGCUCCAAGACUGGCAUGAGAUCAGCAAGAUUGUUUUCAACAUCCCAAACCUGAAGUUCUUGAACCUCAGCUCUAAUCAACUGAGUGAUGCAGUCUUGGAUCCAGACUGUGCUAAGACCUUCUCCAGCAUCCGCCGUCUUGUUCUUAAUAAUACUCAAGUGUCCUGGGACACAGUGCACACUUUUACACGAGAGAUGCCUGAAUUAGAGGAGCUGUUCCUGUGCCUUAAUAAGUACACCACUGUGACACUUUCGUCCAUGCCCUGCUCCACACUGCGUCUGCUCCACAUCACAGACAACAGUCUACAUGAGUGGAACGAGGUGCGAAAAUUCGGCUCCAUGUUCCCUACGCUGGACACUCUGAUCAUGGCCAACAACAACCUGAGCUCCAUUCGGGACUCAGGAGAAAUCCUUCGCCGGCUGUUCCCUAAUCUACGAAGCAUCAAUCUGCACAACUCAGGACUUAAUCGAUGGGAGGACAUUGAGAAGCUAAACUGUCUGCCCAAGCUAGAAGAGGUGAGAUUGCAAGGUAUUCCUCUGCUGCAGUCCUACACAAGCACAGAGCGCCGCAGUCUGAUGAUAGCCCAGCUGCCCUAUGUAACCUGCCUAAAUGGGAGUGUUGUGACUGACUUAGAGAGAGAGGAUGCAGAGAGGUUCUUCAUCCGUUAUCACUUAGACCAUUCUGAGGAAGAGCUGCCUCACAGAUAUCACUGUUUGGUGACCAAGUAUGGGAAGCUGGCUCCUCUGGCUGAGAUCGACCUACGGCCACGCUACCACGUCAAGGUGGAGGUGCGCUAUGAAGACAAAGUGGAGCAGGUGAGCAUCCGGCUGGACCAGACCGUUGCAGAGCUGAAAAAGCAGCUGAAGACAGUAGUACAGCUACCCACCAACAACAUGCGUCUUUACUACAUUGACAAGGGUAUCGCCUUCGGGCCUGAUGAGCUGAAAUACAGCACACGGGCUUUGCACUCAUACAGAAUUCAAGAUGGGGAUGAGAUCCUAGUGGUUCCCAAAAAAAAAAUAACUGGCAUGCCUAAGGGUCACUGAAAUAUAUAUAUUUAAUUAACCAAACCCACUUUGAAUUAGAACUAUCAGAGUGAAUGGGACUUAUUUUCAGGGAAAAUAAAAACCGCCUAGGCUCAUCAGACUUGCAGGGGCUUCAAAGAUGUUUUAAUUGUUCUCAAGCAGCACUUCGUGUGUAACAUCACUACACAGUCACCAGUAACCCCACUUUUGUGCACCUUUGGUUUUGUUGCUGUUUGUUAAUAGUUUCCCUUUUAACUUAAGACUUUAAAAGCAAACCCACAUUUUCAAAGGCCCAUUUCUUCAAGAAUAUAGCACAGAGGAGGGUUCUGGCACCCCAGAAUGUGCAUUUUACAGAUCUUAAGACAAUCACAGCUCAAAUACUGACUGAGAACAUGUUGCAUUGCACUGAUGUCUUAAAGGAGAAAUCAUGGACAUGUUCAUUGCCUGGCAAACCCCAUUUCUGUGAUUUAAUCUGUGUGAGCCAUUAACUACAAACAAAAGACUCUCAGCCCUUAUAUAUCUUAUAUAUGGGCAAUGCUAUCUUCACAUGAGUAAAUAUUUGGAAAUAAUUUAAUUCACUUCUAUCUUUCCUUUUUCAUGUGUAGUUUAUUUGAUUCUUUUUUAAUGUUGUGAUUGAUGUCAGAAAACUUGCAGAACCGCAUGCAGGUACUGUUUAAAUGUAUCCAUUAGGAAUUUCCCUAUUGAAUGUAGUGCUAUGGAUGGCUCAACUCCACCAAAAACAAGGCAUACAUUGUGGGAAAUUUUCAUUCUAAUUUCAAAUUGGUUCAUAUUAAGGGUUGUGUUGGUUUCUACUUUUUAUCCUCACCAUAAUAAGCCCCGUUGAGUGACAAAAAGACAACACCGUCCACCAAAGAUUGUUUUAUUAUGAUGUGUAGUAUUUAAUGUAUAAUUAUUCAUCAACUGAUUGGUGUCAAUUGUUUUAUUAAAUGACAAUACAUAAAUUAGUUGCACAUCAAUCAUGGUCCAUUACUUGAUCCAGCCAGUAUACAAUAAGAAAGGGGUUUAAAACCUUAGAUUUAUUUAAAAACUUAUUUUCUCAAUGAUUUUGGGCUGUUAGUUCACAUGUCUGACGUGUGUUGAAAUGUGCAAUGCCAGGCUGUUUCUUUAAGAUGUAGAAUAUGCCAGUGUCAGGGACAGAAAGUAAUGUUUAUUUUUUAUGUUUUUGUUUUUUUCCCCAUCAGAUUAUUUCAUAAUUUGCUUACCAUGCCUGGUUCUACAAAAUCACCUAGGUUAACUAAAAUGUUCAUUGGUUUUAAUCACUCUUAAGUGUUGCUAGUAAUUAAAGGAAAAGUUCACCCCAAAAUUAAAAUGUUCUCAUUAUUUACUCUCCCUCAUACCAUCCCAGAUGUGCAUGACUUUCUUUCUUCAGCAGAACACAGAGUUUUGAAGAAUAUCUCAGCUCUCUAGGUCCUUACAAUGCAAGUGAAUGGUUACCAAAAUUUGGAAUCUCCUAAAAGCACACGAAGGCAGCAUAAAAGACUGCUAUUGCAGUCUCUAGGCCCGAUCAUGAUUUCAAGCUUGAUUACACUUCCUAGUGCUUUACGCAUGCUCAGAGCGCUACAUGGCGCUAUGUAGUGUAAACAAGUUUUAAAUCAUGAUCACCAAAGAGACUGCUGAUAUCAAGAUUAAUUGUGAAAAUGGAAAAAGGUUAUUUUUUGGUCUCUUCUCAGCCAUAACCGAUUGGAUCACUUCCUUUGUGCUUUUUGGAGCUUCAUAAUUUUGGUCACCAUUUGAAUUGUAUGGUCCUACAGAGUUGAGAUGAUCUUCUAAAAAUCUUUGUUUGUAUUCUGAUGAAGAUAGAAAGUCAUAAACGUGAGAUGGCAUGAAUAAAUAGUGAGAUUCUUUAACUGGAAUAUCAACAUGAUUUCUUGACUUAUAACAUGGUAACAUGAUUUGAAGGAUGUAUUGAUUGGAAAAAAACACUUUUUGUAAUUGUCAAUGUAUUUGCAUUAUUAUGUUUUGCUGACACACUUCGCAAAUGUUUGGGUUAACAAGAGAUUAGAUUUUCUACAAUGUACUGAUAUAUAAUAGUUAUUGAAGAGAAGAAUUUUAGCGUGUUUUAAGUGAUAAAUAUAUAUAUAUAUAUAUAUAUAUAUAUAUAUAUAUAUAUAU